ACCAGCACCAAAAGCGGCCGUAGUAGUACCAGCGCCACCUCCUUCUCCAAAGGAAAUUAUCCCGGUCGUGGUUCCACCGAAGCGAGGCCGGGGUCGGCCACCGAAGCAGAACAAGGGUCAUGUUCCGGUCGUCAACCCAAAUCAUGGUCUAGCAGUUGCAGAACGACAAAAGAAUCUUUUGUCACUUGUUGGAGCUGCAUCAGCUGCCCGGGCUGCUGCCGGGGCGAAAACAGUUGCUUUUCCGGCGCCCGUUAAUAGUACUGGUGGUCCGACAACAAAUACAACAUCUUGGCAGCAGCAGUUGCAGAAUUUCUACUACAACCGAGCACUCCACCCUCCAGGAUCGCUGUCCCUAUCUACUAUACGGCAAGAAGUGCGAUUGGCGUAUGGCCCGAUUUCUACUAGUAAAAAUCUUACUAGUAAAGAAAAGCUGAAAAUUUUUACUAGUAAGAAGUGUUACUAUUAAAUUUAACGGGACAGGAAAGCAAAAAUUCUACUAGUAGAACGGGGACGGGCUACUAGUAGAGCGCGUACUAGUAGAAAUCUGGGCAAAACCCAAAGCGCGAACGCCGAGGCCUCUGCGGGCGCCGAGGUGGUCUGAAACAAGCGCACCCAGAUCGCGCGUUGUCCCGCAAAAAAGCCUCGCUGCGAGCCUGCGGCGCGCCGCUUGUGCGUGUUGCCGGCUUCCCUUGCCCCUUGCGAAGAAACUCGCAGCGGGCAGGCCGCCGCCGUGCUCUCGGGUGGGUGGCGGUGCGGGGUGCGGGGGACGGUGUGGGGCGCUUUGCAGAAGGGAGGGAGGUCCGGGAGAGGCGAAUGUUGGCCCUUGGGGCAGUGGGGGCGCGGCGCGGGUUAUUGCAAUUGCGUGCGCGGCCCUUGGCGCUGCCAACGGAGGCGCAGGGGCAGGGGGCCAGAGUAAUAUUGGCUGCGCGAGUGCAGCAAGGGACGGUGCGGGUAUUCCUGCCUUUCGGAAGGGCAGGCCGCCCCUUUUCUCCAGCCCCGCUCGCCUUUCAUGCGCAUCGCGGGCUCCCACUCCCGCCGCGGUGGGUGGGCCGCUGCGCAUGGCUGGCCCGUCCCUUCGCGUAAGUAGGGUCUCUUAUGCCGCGGCCACUUUCCCGUGGGUGUCCAGCAAAAUGCACAUAGUAGCUCGCCCACCUUGGGGGGUACUCGCAAAGUGCAAACCGGCCAGAAGGCUCGUCGCCCCCCCUCCAUCGAGGUGGGCCAGGGGGCGUCGGGCGUGAGGCUCUAGUGGUCGCCGGCGCCCAGGGACAAACCCGCUUGGGGUACGCGUAUCGCCUCCUGCCCCUUCCCCGCGAGGAAUGCAACCUUCCUAGUAUGAAAUCGGGCCCAUCGCGUCCUUGUCUCCUCCAUACCUCUCCGGCGGUCGCGGAGCGACCGCCCGUGCUAGAUACAAGAACAGAGCACUCCACCCUCCAGGAUCGCUGUUUCUGGAAAACUUCGGCCUACCAGCAAUUCUGGACGUCGAGGCGGAUAAAGAUACCAAGCAGGAGGGAUUGAAAUCGUCAAAGUUGUAAUAGUUUGUCAUGCAUAAAAUGCAGCCCACAGAGUGCCUCUCCUGCAGAGGAGGCAAGUGAGGCAGAUUGUAAGCCUGUUGAGGGGUAAGUAGAAACUGAGCUGCUAAAGUAGCAUGACAAAAGGCGCCUUCCUUACCCAAACAGCAUGACAGACUGUUUUUUUUUGUCUACCCAAAUUUGUCAUGCGCCAGUUGGAAACUGGGUUAGGUUAAUACAACUUUCAUCCGUUUUAUGCAUUGCAAGUUAUUAUUUCAACUUUGUCGAUUUAAAUCCUGACACAUCCAUACCUCAUUUCCGCUACCGCGCAGAGCAACGCGGAAAAGCAGCACCAGCUGGAACAGGAAAAGCACGCAAAGGCCGAGAAGAAGACCAAUUUGGCGAUGGCGGUGCCCGUAUCAAAUGCAAGAAUGUCUGGGUCUGGAAGAAUGCACGAUUUGCCAUGCUGGUCUGGCACGACCAAAAAGUUUGUGAUGCGUGAUGUCCAAGAAGAGAACCCUUUGCCUGUCAUGCAAAAACGCAGCUUGUCAUGGGAAAAACGCAAGAACACAAAGAAGCGCAGAUAUUUCUCAUGCUUGGCUGUGCAUUACACAGAGCAUUCACCAUUCCCAACGCAGCAUUGCAAGUUUCCAGACCCAGACAUAUUUGCUGUUGAAAAAUGAAAUUCUGGACUACAACAGAGCACUCCACCCUCCAGGAUCGCUGUUUCUGGAAAACUUCGGCCUACCAGCAAUUCUGGACGUCGAGGCGGAUAAAGAUACCAAGCAGGAGGGAUUGAAAUCGUCAAAGUUGUAAUAGUUUGUCAUGCAUAAAAUGCAGCCCACAGAGUGCCUCUCCUGCAGAGGAGGCAAGUGAGGCAGAUUGUAAGCCUGUUGAGGGGUAAGUAGAAACUGAGCUGCUAAAGUAGCAUGACAAAAGGCGCCUUCCUUACCCAAACAGCAUGACAGACUGUUUUUUUUUGUCUACCCAAAUUUGUCAUGCGCCAGUUGGAAACUGGGUUAGGUUAAUACAACUUUCAUCCGUUUUAUGCAUUGCAAGUUAUUAUUUCAACUUUGUCGAUUUAAAUCCUGACACAUCCAUACCUCAUUUCCGCUACCGCGCAGAGCAACGCGGAAAAGCAGCACCAGCUGGAACAGGAAAAGCACGCAAAGGCCGAGAAGAAGACCAAUUUGGCGAUGGCGGUGCCCGUAUCAAAUGCAAGAAUGUCUGGGUCUGGAAGAAUGCACGAUUUGCCAUGCUGGUCUGGCACGACCAAAAAGUUUGUGAUGCGUGAUGUCCAAGAAGAGAACCCUUUGCCUGUCAUGCAAAAACGCAGCUUGUCAUGGGAAAAACGCAAGAACACAAAGAAGCGCAGAUAUUUCUCAUGCUUGGCUGUGCAUUACACAGAGCAUUCACCAUUCCCAACGCAGCAUUGCAAGUUUCCAGACCCAGACAUAUUUGCUGUUGAAAAAUGAAAUUCUGGACUACAACAGAGCACUCCACCCUCCAGGAUCGCUGUUUCUGGAAAACUUUGGCCUACCAGCAAUCACGGGACAACCUGCGACUUCAACAACAAACACGGCCUUGGCUGUUGCAGCCGCAAGUGGAAGUACUUGUUCUACCGGUGCGCAGAAGAUGACAAGUCUAUUCCUGUCAUCUGGGAGUCAACAGCAUAAGCAACUACCGGGGGUAGUCGAUCAACCGAUGAAUAACACGUUGAAAAACAAGAACAAACCCGGGGUAAACGACAUACUCUCCGAAGAAUUGAAACAGAAAGUUUCAUCCCCGAAUUUCACCGACGAGUCUUUUUUUGUUGACCUGCAUUCCGUAUGCAAUGCAAAAGCAUCGUACUAGUAUAAAUUGCAUUACAAAUAAUUAGCCCAGCACUACAAAUCAAAUUUGUAAUGCUGUUUCACCUUGAAAAAGGGAUUUGUAAUGCAUAAAUGCGAUUACUACGAGUACGAUACUUUUGCACAGAAUAUUCCGGUGGGGUCGUGAAGAAACGCGACACGCAGUUUCCGUUUUUGGAGAACCGGCACUACGCGGGGAUUUUGCAGCACGGGAACGCCUAUCCUGUGCCAAAGUAUCGUACUCGUAGCAAUUGCAUUCAUGCAUUACAAAUCUAGGCGUUAAGGGAAAUCCGCAUUACAAAUUUUAUUUUUCAUGCUGAGGAAAUUUGUCAUGCGUUUUUUUUACGAGUACGAUACUUUUGCACAGGAUAACGCCAUCUGGUUCCAGGCCGAUACGACCAAGGAUCGAGCCGACAUGGCGGAGUUUAUUGCGAAGUUGGAACGAUUAUCCUGUGCAAAAGUAUCGUACUCGUAUAAAUGCGAAUCUUGCAUUACAAAUCUUGCUCCCAAGGCAAAUCUGCAUUACAAAUUUCAUUUCUCAUGCUGAGGAAAUUUGUCAUGCGAUUUAUACUAGUACGAUGCUUUUGCAUUUCAUAACGAUCUCAAGAAUCUUCGACGGCUUCCGGCAACGGCGAAGAGGUACUGAAGGGUGUUGCGGCGAAAGAGAUGAAGGAGGUCAAAAAGAAUGAAGAAAAUGCAGAUGAAAAUGAAACAAAUGAAGUUUUUCCGGCGCCUGAGAAGAAGCCGGAAGUAGGUAUCACCAGAACUACCCCGACCGUAACCAAGAACGGCCCAAAUACAACAUCCGAUUGCAUCAACAACAAAGCUCCUGCCGCCGCAGCUGCGCCAUCUCUUCAGAAAGCAACACCCCACGACAGCUCUUCAUCGACCACCGAGAAGGUUGAGCAAUUCAUUGAGGAUGAAAACGGCGAGUUUCAGCUCGUGAAAGUGAAUCCGCAGACGCUGGCGAACUCGAGAAAUACUAACCAGGUGUCUCGUCGUGGUCCUGUGGAGGUGUCGGGAGUUUCAUCUUCUUUCAUUUCAACAUCAUCAUCUUUCGGAAUGCUGAACAAGAUGAGGAAGCAGCAGAACAAUGAUGAACACGGGAAACAGAAACAAAACGUCCUCGCGCCGUCUGAGAUGAACAAGAAAAAGAGCGGCACUCCGGAAAUAAAUCAAGUGGCUUCUUCGUCUUCUUGUUCAGCUUCCCAGGCUAGAAAAAUUUUCCUUCAGCAAGAAAACCACGACGUGUUCUUCGCUCCGGGCUUGCAUUCCGGAAACACGACGCUUUCUAGCUCGGGGGGGAAAAUUAUUGGAGGAUGUUCUAGCGUGGAACUGCAUCAAUUUAUUGCGGAAAACUACGAGAAUGUCGUGCAACAGGAGUACCACAUCACGCAGGACUUUCUGCGGCAAAAAAUCUACAAGUUAGAAGAGCCGGCGGUUGUCCAUAGUUCUGCCUCAACAUCUAGUACAACUGGUACUACUACGGAUAAAAGUGAAAAGGAAAAGCAAAAUCUUAACCCAAUUGUAGUUCCUACCACCGAGCGGCAACAGCAGAAUCUGCUUCUCGAAGCUGCGAAAAUGAAUCAAACGCUGAACCACGCAAACGACCAGGCCGUGCUCCUGGAAAAAAAGCCAAUGUUGGAUGCCAGUGCCUUUCACGCGAAGAAUCAUUUACAACUCUCCUUCGGCAAGAGAAAUCACGCGCAAAACAGGAACGCUUUUUGGGAACAACCGACGGAGCAGUUGAAGGAGCAGUUGGGGCAGAAGAAGGUGAAGCCGACGGCGCGGAUCUCGCACGUGUUGGAUUCACAGCUGUACACCAUGGAACAACUGUUAGCCAUGCAGGCGAAUUUCGGACUCAGUCUGCUGAAGCAGGCUUACGAUCUGAUCUGCAACCAAUUUAUCCGGCAACAGGGGAAUUUUCGUGACGAAUUUUCCCUAAUCGCGCUGAAACAAAACAUAUCACAUGCAAAUGUGUCCGGGUCUCGGUCUGGAAGAGUGCAAGUUUGUCAUGCUUGUCUUGCAUGACUCUCAAAUCUGUGAUGCAUGAGCAGGAAAGGGCCUCUUGCCUGUCAUGCAAAAACGCAGUUUGUCAUGCGAAAGACGAAACACACAGCAGCGCAAAAACUUGUCAUGCUGGGCUGCAUAUUGUAGGGUGUUCACAAUUCGUAGAUUUGCAUCACAAGUCUCCGGACCCAAACAUAUUUGCAAUGCAUAAAACAACUCCGACCGGGUGCAAACCGCGGCGGUGUGCAUCGACACGAAAUCGACGAAGGAUCCUGAGUACGCACCGCAAAAGUAUCGUGCUCGUAGCAACUACGGUCAUGCAUUACAAAUAUUUUUCUUAAGGUAAAUCCGCAUUACAACUUUCAUUCCUACCGCUAAGGACAUUGAUUUGUCAUGCAAUUUUUACUACGUGCGGUACUUUUGUAAUGCAUACAGCGCAGCGGAUCUUCAUGAUCUGCUUCUUCGUUACCAAGUUCCACUACCGGAGUUCCAAUGCGGGCUCGAAAUUGGUGGAGAUGUUGGUGAAACGGCUGAACCUCGAGUCGCAUAUGCGUUGCAAGUAUGUCUGGGUCUGGAAGAAUGAGUGCUAACUUGCAAUGCGCAUUCCAGAUCACACAAAAGUUUGUCAUGCAUGGAGAGCAAUGAAUAUAAAAUAUGAAGUUGCUCAUCUCUUCUUCUUGCCACCGAAAGAGGUGGACAUUUGUCAUGCGGGUUGGGCAUAGAAACGCGACAUGCUUUCCAGAACCUGUAAUGCGAGCGCUUGCAUGCCAGACCGUCUGCGUGAAAGAAAAACACCAUGACAAACGUCGGCACUCAUCUAGACCCAGACCUGGUUGCAUUCCAUUUCGCACUUGAUCGACCAAAAUCUCCCAGCAUAUGAGAUUAACCGCAGGGUGAUGGAAUUUGAGCGUGGGGAAAAACUGAAGAAAAUGAAGGAAAAGAGGCGACAGGAAAAGAGUAAAGCAGCCGCGGCGAUGACGGUACAACUAUCGUCGGCAGAAGGUGGUGGAGGUGGAGACAACAAGCAGCGGGAUGCAGCCGUAGCCGACAACGGUGGUAAAAAUAAGGAUGUUCAGGACAACAAGGACAACCAGCUGAAAAGCGCUCUUGGUACUGGGCAUCAAGUGGACCUACUGUCUGAUGGAAAUACCACCAAGAAUACGACGAAGACCGUCCAAAAGAACAGCACGGAAAAUCCACGACCGCAACAAGUACAACCACAGAAGAACGAUGACGAAGAUGAGGACGCUCUCCAGCCGGUCCGCAAGCGGCCGCGACGCGACUGCGUCCUUGAGCAGGAGCAAGAAAACAGUAAGAACCACAACCGCGCGACAGCGGGAAAGAACAGCAACCUGAGCGGGGCAGCUCCCGCUGGUGGAGGUAGUAGUGCUAGUAGAACCGGGCUGGAUGUCAAUAACAAGAAAGUGAACAAAAAAGACACGACUCAUUGCUCCGAGAAUGUCGAUUCUGACGACGAGUCGGACCUCCCCCGCCGCCGCUUCAACUUCGUGCGAAAACUGAUGACCGAUGAAUACCAGCGUCGGGAGGCGAUUUACCAGCGACAGAUGCGGGAAUUGGGGAAGCCGAAGCACGUCCGGAUUGUCACCGUGUGUGCGGCGUCUGAGGAAAAGAAGGAAGUCAAUUCGGUGUGCAAUUUCUGGAAGAAUUUGGGUUUCACCUUGGAACAGCCGGACGACAUACCCUAUCAUGAAAUCCCGAUCCGCGCGUGCCGGGUGUUUGAGUUCGAUUACAAAAAGGCUUAUGGAGGAAUGUUUAAGGACUAUUUACCCUGA